CGAUAUCCGGCCACGUUAAAAUAGCUUGUUUGGACAGAAUCCUUUGCCGAAGCAGAGCUCGAGGUUGUGCACGUUGGUUGGCCCGGUGAUUCUCGCGGAGUUGUAAAUGCGCGCGGUGACAAAGUGACGCGGGAGUCGUCCAACCGACUGUCAGAAUGGACUGCUGGUCUACUUGGCUGUUGCUCGUCUCGCUGCUUGCCGCACUCUUGCUCACGGGCGGCGUCGAGCUAACCUUUGAACUGGCUGACAAUGCCAAGGAGUGCUUCUAUCAGGAGAUUGGGAAGAACGUCUCGUCCACAUUGGAAUUUCAGGUGGUUACAGGUGGUCAGUACGAUGUAGAUGUAACUUUAGAGGCACCAAACAAGGAAAUUAUUUAUAGACAAGUCAAGACACAGUUUGAUUCGCAUUCAUUUAUACCAGCCAUGUCAGGAAUAUAUAAAGCCUGCUUCAGCAACGAAUUCUCCACAUAUUCACAUAAGCUAGUUUACAUGGAUUUUCAAGUAGGCGACGAAUUGCCAUUACCAGGCCUAGCAGGAGAGCACGUAACUGUUAUGACUCAGAUGGAGUCUUCCGCCCAGGAAGUGCAUAAAAAUCUGAUCAGUAUCCUGGAUUAUCAGACACACCACCGUCUGCGUGAGGCACAAGGUCGCAAGCGUGCAGAAGAACUUAACGAGCGUGUGCUCUGGUGGUCUGUGAUGGAGACGAUAUGCAUUCUGAUAAUUGCCAUAGGACAGACACUUCUCUUGAAAAACUUCUUCACUGAUCGAAGUCCCUCACAGAGUUACUAGUGUAAUCGCGAAAUAAUUCCAAUUGAAACCAUGGAAGAACUCUCGUUUGCGAUCGAGCUGUGCGAUCCGCUGGGUCGGUAGACCGUCCGUUCAUACGGUGCCGUAACCUUUUCGAUCAUCGGUCGAAGUGCCAUCGCCACACAUCUGCCGGUAUAACAAGUCAGGCCUGUAUUCCCGCGGUGGAAGCGUCUCAGCAGGCAAGCUCGACGAUGCGAGAAACGCUUAGGGGACUUUGCGAUCAGGAUUCAACGAGCGAGAGUCGAGCCUCGAGAUUGAUACCUCAACAUAUGACACGCGCCAGGCGAAAUGUCCUUGUGCAUGUCUUGUGUUGUGGCGUCGUCUAUGUUAUGGCUACGACUAUUUCAUGUUGGGAAUGCCAGUAUAUCAAACUUGAAGCGAUCGAAGGAGUAAGAAGUGCAAGUAAAAGGACUUUGCCUUACAUCUCCCUACCUGACGGACAAUUUCAAGUUUGUACUUAUAUACUGGUACUUGGGACAGUAAAACGGAUACUGAAACACGGACGUUGUGUUCUUCUUACUUGUGAAUGUGUAACAUAAUAAAUUAAACGAUAUUCGUGUGUACCGAACGUUUUUCCUCCUAUACGUUAUAUCGCUGAGCGAUCUGAUUGUUUCCCGUCUCCUGUCGUUAUCUGUCGCGUUGCUUCCGUUAUUUAUCUGAAUCUAAGCUAUCAGUCGAGGUAGACGUUACUUAAAUAAAUAAAACGAUUUUACUAAUUUUUUUCGUUGCGAUUUCUUCGUCUCGCUCGGAAUUUCGUCCCUGAUAAUAUAAAUAUGUCGUGCGACAUGCCGUACAGACGAUGAUUAUGAACGUAAUAUGUUUCCACCUCAUACGUGGCACAUGCCACGUGUGAUGUUUUCCGCUGCGUGUGCGCUACUUGAUAAGCGCCUGCUCGCGAUUAUCCGCCAAUGAAGAAAACGGGGCAAGUGUAUGCAAGAUCAUUAGCUGUCUGCAGAGAGAGUCAUACUUUUAAAUUGUAUCCGCUACUUAUGCUAAUUGCACUUCGUGUUCGUCGAUGUGAGAAUCAUUCUCGCAGCAAUUAGCGUAAGUUUCACAGCAUUCUCGAUUUAUAUAAAGUGGGAAUUUGUAAAAAAAAUUAAUAAAAUUAGUACAAUGUA